UCGGUAUAAAUACUCGAAUGGAAUAACCACUUUUUCAGUCUUCAUUGUAUCCAUUGAAUCUUCGAGAAAGAAACAGCAAAUUAGUGCCAUAAGAUGGUUGAUAGAACUUUAGUAUGCUGCUUAGUUUUAUGUUUAGGAAUUAUCAAUGUGACAGGGGCGCCACAGGGUGCCGGUGAUAAAGAUGCACAAAUUGUAAGUCAAACGAACGAUGUUAAUCCUGAUGGUGGAUAUAAGUGGAGUUACGAAACCUCAAAUAGUAUUAAGGCGGAAGAAACUGGAACGGUGAAGAAAACAAAUAACGCCGAAAAUCCUGAAGUAAUAGUUGCCCAAGGUAGUUAUUCCUACACGGAUCCGGAAGGAAAUCACAUAGAAGUUGUUUAUACUGCGGAUGAUGAAGGCGGAUUCCAACCGCAAGGAGCACACUUUCCAACCCCACCUCCAAUUCCGCCUCUAAUCCAAAAAGGAUUGGAUUACAUUGCGGCUCAUCCCUCAAAAGAUAGCCAGCCUUAAAAAAGGAUAACCGAACAAGACAAUAUAAGACGAUUUUAUCGAAGUGAUAUAAGCUUUUUUUCAAUACGGUGAUGAUUAAUUCUUUUUUUAAGAUCUCGAUCUUUAUUUCGACUUCUUUUAAUCUAGACUUUUAAAUCUUGAUUGUUAAAUCUUGAAUACUAAAAUCGUGAUUAAUUUAAAUCUUGAUUAAUUUUAAUCUGGAUUUUUGAGUUAUCUCGAUUUAAAUUCUUUUCUUUAUUGGGUAUGGAUAGAUAACCUAACGUGUAAAUAAUACUUUUCUUAUUGUAUACUUGUAUAUAUUUGAUACGUAGUUUUUAAAAUCGAAGAGGAAUUCGUCGAUUAAUGCCUUUUGUAAAUGAUUUAUAUCUGAAAACAAUCUUAGCUAUUUAUUAUAUUUAGUGAAACGUAAAAGCUUCGAAAUCAUCAUCAUCACUUUUAAUCGACGGUUCUUUCGUAACUUCUUUAAUGUGCCACACAAUUCCGGAAACGACUGCUAUGUACAAAUGACUUUGAGUCUUGGUUCUGUGACGAUUAUAAUUUUUGUAAUCAAUUU